AUGGCUUGCACUAAGUCUCAGAAUGUACAGUUUGGUAUUCAUAUGUUGUUAGAGGAAGCUAAGGAUUGGUGGGAUAACACACGUCAAAUAUUGGAAGCUAUUAGUAUAAAGAUAACUUGGGUCAUGUUCAAAAAAGAAUUCUUAGAGAAGUAUUUCCCCAAGGACGUUCGUGGCAAGAAGGAGAUAGAGUUCAUUGAGCUGAAGCAAGGGAACAUGAUUGUGGCAGAGUAUGCUGCGAAGUUUGAGGCACUGAUUCGUAGGUAUGUUGAACUGGUGAACAAGAGUAGAAUCUACGAUGAGGAUAGAAAAGCCCAGUUUGCUCACUAUAAGAGUCUUAGUGAGAAGAAAGGGAAGGGACAAUUUCGAGGGAAACCUUAUGUAACUCCAGUUGACAAAGGGAAGCAGAAGGCUUCAUAUGGGAAGAAGACAAGUGGGGGAGGGGCUCCCGCUUCUAUCAAGUGCUUCAAUUGUGGCGAGAUGGGCCACCGUGCUAAUGAGUUUAAUAAUAAGGUUUUGUGA